UAGCCUGGUUACCAGAGAGCCCUAUUUCUGCCCAAAAUCUGUCCACUUAAGCAUAUCCUUAAUUAUUAAGCAGAUGAGUUUUUGAAUGGGGGCGAAAUGAUAGUGUUGAAUUUAGUCCAGAUAAAUAUAAAUUGUUAUUUUGUUUCGUGAGGCUUGUUUAAUCUAAUAUACAUUUUCUAAUGCUUAGGUUGCUAUGAGUGUACUGAUAAAAGUGUGAUACACUUCCCUGUUGAAAUUAGAGCAGGUCUAUGCAUAUUCAUGAAGCUAGCAUAGCAUCUCAAGCUCCAUUGAAUACUAGUUAGUGGUUGAUGUCAACACCCUUAAUCGAAUAUAUUUUUUUCAUUAUUCAAAUAACAAAAUGUAUCCACCAAUCCAAAGAGUUGACAGCCCACCAUUCCACUCUGUGGACAACUAAUCCUAUUGUUAGGGUGGAGACAAGCAUCUCAUUAUAUCCUUAUCUGGCUAUAUUCCAUUCCUUUUACUCCGUGUCACAUGCAAAAGAAAAGUUCCAGACUGGUACCCAGACCAUCCAUGAGACUAAAAUUAUAGUUUUAACCAUGUUUUUUGUUUUUAGUCUAUACAGUGUUUGUUUACUAUUACAUUGUUUACAAACAAUGAAGUAAAAAAAGCUUAUAAUUUUGAUUGAAUUGUGAUGGGGUAUGAUAGGUGAACUUCUUCCAUAUAUUUGGGGAGUCUCCCACAUGCCUUUUUGCAAACACCAAACAUGUUUGCACAUUUUUUUCAUUAAGCAUUGGAUUUUUCCUGGCCACUCUUCUGUAAAGCCCAGCUCUGUGGAGUGUACAGCUUAAAGUGUUCCUAUGGACAGAUACUCCAAUCUCUGCUGUGAAGCUUUGCAGUACCUUCAUGGUUAUCUUUGGUCUCUUUGUUGCCUCUCAUUAAUGCCCUCCUUGCCUGGUCCGUGAGUUUUGGUGGGCGGACUUCACUUGGCAGGUUUGUUGUGGUGCCAUGUUUUUUCCAUUUUUUAAUAAUGGAUUUAAUGGUGCUCUGUGGGAUGUUCAAAGUUUCAGAUAUUUUUUAUAACCCAACCAAUCUGUACUUCUCCACAACUUUGUCCCUGACCUGUUUGGAGAGCUCCUUGGUCUUCAUAGUGCCACUUGGUUGUGUCCAUUGCUUAGGGGUGGAACGGUCGUUAAGACAGUAACAGCUUACAGAUGAUAGGCAAUUAAGGUCACAGUUAUGAAAACUUAAGGCACUAAAGAGGCCUUUCUACUGACUCUGAAAAACACCAAAAUAAAGAUGCCCAGGGUCCCUGCUCGUCUGCGUGAAUGUGCCUUAGACAUGCUGCAAGGAGGCAUGAGGAGUCCAUACGGUGAGACCCCGAAGACAGCGCUACAGGGAGACCACGUGUAACAACACCUGCACAGGAUCGGUACAUCCAAACAUCACACCUGCGGACAGGUACAGGAUUGCAACAACAACUGCCCGAGUUACACCAGGAAUGCACAAGCCCUCAAUCAGUGCUCAGACUUUUCAAAAUAGACUGCGAGAGGCUGGACUGAGGGCUUGUAGGCCUGUUGUAAGGCAGGUACUCACCAGACAUCACUGGCAACAACGUCGCCUAUGGGCACAAACCCAUCGUCGCUGGACCAGACAGGACUGUCAAAAAGGGCUCUUCACUGACGAGUCGCGGUUUUGUCUCAACAGGGGUGAUGGCCGGAUUCGAGUUUAUCGUCAAAGGAAUGAGCGUUACACCGAGGCCUGUACUCUGGAGCGGGAUUGGUUUGGAGGUGGAGGGUCCGUCAUGGUCUGGGCGGUGUGUCACAGCAUCAUCGGACUGAGCUUGUUGUCAUUGCAGAUUUGCCUGUGAACCCCCCCACUGUGUGCUUGCUCCAUGGCUGGCCUGGGCCGCGGCAGAGGUCGCGGCAAGGGGUACAUGAGCUUCAGUAUGGAGGCAGUCGGGAUUGGGAAAGGGGAGAACCUGCCGCCUUCAAUUCUCCAGCCUACACCUCUGUUCCCUCCCAUGGAACACAAGCCUGUCCCCUUGGUGAUGGGAGAGGAAGCAGAGUACAUGCUGGCACUGAAGCAGGAGUUCAGGGGAAACAUGAAGACCCUACCAUUUUAUGUCCGCCAAGCCGUCUCCAAGAAAGAUGUGGAGCGGUAUUCUGAUAAAUAUCAGAACAGUGAUCCGUCAGACAACACCAUUGAGUGGAAUCCAGACUGGAAAAGGCUACCAAAAGAGCUACGAAUCCGUGUCAAGAAGCCCUUAAAAGAGAACACCUCUCUUAGUGUGGAUACUCCAGUGGACCCCAAACCCAGCAAAAAGACCCGGGUGGACAAAGAGGAGAUCAUCCAUAAACUAGAGACAUUGGAGAAAAAAGAGGAGGAAGUGACCUCAGAUGAAGAGGAAGGGGAGAAGAAGAAGCAGGAGGAAGAGCAGCAAGAUGGGGAGGAGGAGUAUGAUGAAGAAGAGUUUGAAGAGGAGACAGACUAUAUCAUGUCGUACUUUGACAAUGGAGAGGAGUUCGGAGGGGACAGUGAUGAGAACAUGGAUGAGGCCAUUUACUGAUACUUUGAAAAACAACAACAACAGAGCACUGUGCAUGCCUAGGACCCAAGAGUCCUCGGAAAAUAUAUGUGACACUCCAGAACUGAGAGAGACUCCAAAGCUGAAAGGAUGUGCUGUUGUUCUUUGGUCCAUCUUGUAUACAUGGCCUGAAAUGAUCUUAACUCGACACAUGAAUCUUCAAAAUAACCCAGGAUUCAGUCAGUUCCUGAUUUAAAAAAUAAUCUCAAAUUGAGAAGCAGGUUGCACAGUUCAAACCUGCAAUAGUUUUAAAUGGCUCUUUAAGUGUGGUGGUGUUAUGGAGAGAGAAGUAUGUCAUUCUUCUUAAGCUGACAUCUUUUCUCCUGACACCAAUUAUAGUAUCAUUUCUUAGAGGGUUUUUAUCCAAUUUUAGAAAUGUUAAAGAACUUUGAAGAUAUAAAAUGUCUAAUACACCAAUUUUAAUGUUAUGCUGUUGUUUUAUGUAGUUUAUAUGUAGUUCUAAAAAGUUAUGUUUUGUAAAACUUUUAUAUUCAUGUAAUAUGUCAUAUCCAAUGUUCUCUGUUAGGUUUGUUAUGAAAGUGGAUUUUACUCAACUUGAAAUUCUGAAAGAAUAAAUGGCAGCUAAUUUGUAAA